CAAACAAACAAAAAAAUGAAUUCAUUCAAGAAUCAUUCACGAUCGCCAACAACAACAACAACAAUAAAAAUCGAUAUGAAACGAAUGGAAAAAGCAUUGAUAGCCUUAUUACGAAUGCCUGGCCUAUUUCUUAUCGAUAAUUAUUUUAAAUAUUUCAAUUAUAAUUGGUCAAUACGACAUCGUGAUUGGAAUCUUUUGCUAUCACAUUUCGCUUUACUAAAUGGUUUCCUUUUAUUAUUGUUACCGUUAUCAUAUCUAAAACGUUAUUAUAUUCAUCUAAUUUGUUGGAUAACAUUUGUAUAUCUAUCACGAACAUUAUUCUUUAUUGAUCAUCAUUUGGUUCCACAAUUGGUGGCUACAUCAUCAUCAUCAUCGAUUAUUGCUGUUGAUGAUGAUGAAGCUCGGAAUAUCUUGAUAUUCAUUGUUCAUUUUGUAUUUGAUUUAAUCAUAUUGUCUAUAUUUAAAGCGCCAAAAAAACUUUAUCAAAUCGGUUUUGUUGGAUAUGGCAUCAUGGCCAUUAUUUAUGCCACUGACCAACGUACCAUUGGUGGUGUGGGUUGGCUAAAAAUACUGGAUACAAUGUCCUACGGUAUUGGUAGUUUUACAUUGCUUAAUUAUUUUUUCAAACAUACACCAUUGUUUCUGAUCGAUAUGAAAACAUUGGCCAUGGAUAUUAUACGUUUGGCUAAAAAUGAAGGUUUCCAUACAUUAUAUUGGCAAACAUUCGAACAAAUAUUUGUACCAUUUCAUUUUUUUCUAUUCUGGACAUUGACAAUUUUAACAAAAAUUUAUUAUCUACAAAUGUUUGCUACAACAGUCAACGACAAUCAAAAUGAUCAUCUUGAAUGGAUACCAUUAUUAUUAAAUAGUGUUAGCUCCAUAUUCAUUAGUCCGGUAUCAUUAUUAUCAACAUCGAUUACUGUAGCAUAUAUUUCAUGUUUCAUAUUGAAUACGAUAAAAUUAUAUUUAAGUGGCGGUACUGAUUACCAAAAUCAUAAUCAACAACAACAUCAUCAUCAUCAUCCAAUAGCUGCUUAUCGUGAUCAUAAUGGCUGGGAAGAAGGUAUGACAACAAUGUUAUUGACAACAAUAACAGCAUUCACAGAUAUGAAUGAAAAUACACGUAUGGCCGUCAUGGUAAUCAUAUCGUUUGUAGUGAUAUCAAGUCUAUUACAAUCAAUAUUGGAAAUAUCCGAACCGGUCAUAUUAUCAUUGAAUAUGAAUCAUAAUAUAAAUCGUAUACAUCAUCUAAAAGUAUUGUUAUUAUGUGCCUUUUUAUUCAUAUUCCCAUUGUAUGUGACAAAUGUUUAUGCAAAAAUAUUUCCAGCCAAUUUUUGGAUUGCUGUCGUUUUCUCCACUAGUCUUUUGAUAUCGGCACGUGUAUUAGAUCUAAUCAUUAUACAUUGUUUAUUUUGGUGGGAUUCAUGUCGUACAGAAUCAUGGGAAUAUUUGGAUGAAAUCAUUUAUUUUGCACGAUCAUUCACAAAAUUUAUUGAAUUUAUCAUAUCAAUAAGUGUGGUUAUUGUAGGCAUAUGGGAAGCAUUGAAUAAUCGUUCGAAUAUAUUGAAUGCAACCAUAUUGAUAAUGCAUGGUUAUUAUAAUGUAUGGCAACGUAUUAAUCAUGGUAUGAAUAGCUAUAAUCGUCGAAGACAAGCAAAUCGUAUUGUUGAUCAGUUAUGUUUGGUGGAAAACGUAGAACAAUUGAAUAAAUAUGAUGAUUUAUGUUCAAUUUGUUAUAGUGAAAUGAAAUUAAUGAAAAGUUCAAUGGUCAUCGUUAUAACCGAUUGUAAACAUUUAUUUCAUCGAAAAUGUAUUAAAAAAUGGUUAGCCAUUCAAAAUCGUUGUCCAUUGUGUUCGACACAGAUUGAAGAAGCAGACAAAUCUGUCAAUCAAUCGAUUGAUUCACCAACAGCAGCAACAACAAUGGAACAAUCAUUUGUUGAAGAAAUUAAAUCUGAAAACAAUUGAUUCGAAUCAAAAUAUAAUCGACUCAUGGUCAUCAUCUGUUAUCAUAAAUAUGAUUUUUUUUUGUAAAUUUUUUUGCCUUAUUUUUUUAUGUAAAUAAAGUUAUGGACCGUAAUAAUGAGAUGAGAUAAAUAAAUAAAACAGAAUUUUUAAGAAAA